AUGAGCUUGGGCAAGUGUUUGCAGCCCAAGGAUGAAGUCAUUGACGACAAAAUGACGACAGUUGUGUCCCAACAUCUCACCGUUCCCCAGCAUUAUUUUAACCACUAUUUUCCUCCUGCAAAUGAGGAAGAAAAGAAGAAGAAUAGUUGGAUAAGAAACCCGUUCCUUAUCUCAAACUUGAACGACAGCGAUCUGCCCACUCAAGAAAAAGACACACUGAUCGAACUCUACUGUGACUCAGAAAUGAAGGACUUUUGCAACAGCCGCAACCGCACCGACUUUUGGGUAGCAGUGAGCCAGAAAGAAGCAUAUGAGAUGAAUGCUGGUAAAGCACUCCAAUUUCUGGUGGCAUUCCACAGCACUUACUCCUCUGAGAGAGGGUUCUCAGAUCUGCUCACCAACAAGAGGAAAAAAAGGCAGAGGCUUGGAGAGACGAUGUUGUCUGCGUGCAUGACAGUGGCAGCGACAAGAAAUAUUGCCCCACGAUUCAACUUGCUUGCUGCAACUAUCCAGCAACAAAAAUCACACUGA